ACGCGUACCCGCACCCCGCUCGCUUUCUCUCUCUAGGGUUUUUCCCCACUUCCGUUUCUUCGCUUUGCUUCGCUUGCCCACCUGCUCUCGUCCCCAUCACCAUCCCUACCCCUCCCUCUCCUCUCUCCUCUCGCCUCGGCUCCAAUGGCGGACGCCGACUCCUCCCCGAUCGCCUCGAUCUCCCCCUCCUCCGGCGCCGGGGACGCCGAUGCGGCGGCGGCGAUCGAGAAGCAGCUCGCCGGCCUCGGCCUCGCCGUCGACGGCGGCGGAGGCUUCCCGGAGCCGUCGGGGUGGGAGGUUGUCCCCGUACCCGUCGCCGUCUCCGGCGGCGGAGGCUUCCCGGAGCCGUCGGGGUGGGAGGUUGUCCCCGUACCCGUCGCCGUCUCCGGCGGCGGCGAUGAGGUCGCCGGUGAGAAGCUGCAUCCGCCGCCGACGGUGGCGGGGGCGGAUGCGAGGGUGCGGUACCCGCGGCGGCCCGGGGAGCCGGACUGCACCUACUACCUCAAGUUCGGCAACUGCCGCUUCGGGGUGAAGUGCAAGUUCAACCACCCGGCACGGAAGAAGAGUAGGGUGAAAGGGAGUGGGAGCAGCGGGAGCAACAGCAGCAGUAAUAAAGCAUCUUCGCCUGAUGAUGAUCAGGCUCCUAGAGAAGAAUAUGAAGGUCUUGUUCCAGAUAUUUCAUAUUCCUUGGGCUUUGAUGACAAGGGGACUGCAUCUAGGAAGACAUCAUGCGAGGUUGUUGAUAUGAAGAAGGGAAGAAUGGUGCCAAAGAUUGCCGAGGGGCCUGAAAAAGGAAUUUAUUUCAAGAAGUUAGAUGAGACAAAUGUCAGAAACCAGAAGGUUCUGAAGGGUGCCAAAGAUAAAAGAAGGGAAGCUGUUUCAGAAGGUAGUGCGCAGGAGGAAUGCAAGUAUUAUUCAACACCAGGAGGAUGCAAAUUUGGGAAAGCUUGCAAAUACCUUCACCACGAGGGAAAAGAAGAGAAAACAGAGGUUGAAAAGGUUGAUCUGAACUUUCUAGGUCUUCCACUGCGCCCAGGGGAAAAGGAGUGCCCAUACUAUAUGCGCACUGGGAGCUGCAAAUAUGCCACUAACUGCAAGUUUCACCAUCCAGAUCCUACCAACGUGACUUCAAAAGAACCAGUGUUGGAACAUGAGAAUGGGGAAACUCCACAGCAAAAUGUCCAAGGACCCUCUCAGACAAGAGUUCCAAUAUGGCCUGACCAGAGAGCAUUGAAUGAGCAGCAUGUUCCUUUUCUAGCUCCAGCACAAUCGUACAGUGCAGGAAUGAUUCCACCUCAAGGAAUGUACCCAUCUCCUGACUGGAGUGGGUAUCAUCAGGUUCCUUUGAAUCCUUAUUACCCUCCUGGAGUCCCUUUUCAGCAUUUUCCAGCUCAUAUGAAUCAUCCAAUGUACAAGGCAGCAGAUGUACCAGGACAUCAGCAAGUGUCUACUGACGAAUAUCCAGAGAGACCUGGCCAACCUGAAUGUCAGCAUUUUGUUAGAAGUGGUUUCUGCAAAUACAAGAUGAAAUGCAGAUAUCAUCAUCCAAGGUCGCGACUGCCUGCACCACUAACAGGUCUUAGCCCUCUCGGCUUGCCUAUCAAACCUGAUCAACCUGUGUGCACAUACUAUGGUCGCUUCGGUGUUUGCAAGUAUGGUCCAGCUUGCAUGUUCAACCACCCCUUCAAUUUCGGCCCUUCUGUACUGGCAGCAGGACCACCUCUCCCUGGCCAAUACCCCACACCAGGAAACUUCACCGUUUAGCAGGCAUGAGAUGAGCGAUUUUUCGGUUCGCCACGAUGCUUGUAAUAACUUGUAAAAUAGCGUAGCUCAAAGCUGUACUUGGUUGACGGCAGAGAUCUGGCUCGCCAGUCGCAACGAAGUUGCAUGAGGCUGGGUACAUUGCCGAUGGGAUUCAUGAAACCAUUCAAACCUGUGACAGUCAUGCUCCCUUCACACUGUACAGCAAGUUACAAUUCGUACAUAACUGCUGUUGGACUUGAAA